AUGUCAGUUAGAGGCGGAGGAAGAGAGAGGAUGAUGAUGAAGGAGGACAGAGGGAGGAAUCCGCCGUCGCGUCAUCUCUGGGUCGGGAACCUUCCGCUUGGGAUAACGGAGCGAGAAUUAGCCGAUAGGUUCGCGAGGUUCGGAGAAUUGGAGAGUCUCGCGUUUCAGCCUUCGCGGAGCUACGCGUUUCUGAAUUUCAAACACGACGAGGAUGCUUUCGCUGCCAUGGAGUCGCUCCAAGAGUUCCCACUCGCCGGCAAUCCGCUUAGGAUCGAGUUUGCCAAGGCGGAGAAGUCAUCAACUGGAUCACGCACAGAAGACAUGUUUCGUCAUGAUGAACAGCGGUCUGCAGCAAGAGGGUCACCUUUUAUCCAAAAAGACUCCAGAAUGCGUUAUGAGAGCCCAGACACAUAUAGCAAAUCGAAAAUGAGUGACAGAAAUGGAGAGCCUAGUGAUGUAUUAUAUAUAGGAUUCCCAGCUUCGCUGAAAGUAGAUGAAGCGCUCUUGAGGAAGGUCUUUUCUCCAUUCGGAGAUAUAACAAAGGUCACAAUAUUCCCUGGUCGUAGCUAUGCGUUUGUUCAGUUCCGGAAUCUAAUGGCAGCUUGUAAUGCAAAAGAAACUCUUCAAGGUAAACUCUUUGGCAAUCCCCGAGUGCACAUUUCUUUCGCAAAGAGUGAACCUUCCUCGUCUAGGGGUCCGCGCAGUCGAUCACACUCUCCGCCUUACAGAUCUGUUGAUAGACUGGGAUCUUCAGAAGGAUAUCUUCAAGAUAGAAACUAUGGAAGCAUCAACAGAAUUCCGAGGGACCAGCAACAUUACAUAGCAGACAGGGAUUUCGAAGAGUCUGAUGAUUACAUGUUUAACAGAAGAGGAGCCUCAAGGAAUGAUGGAAGCCCUGCGUAUGGAAGGUCGAGGUAUGCACAUAAACUGCCUCAGGACAUGCAUCAGUAUCAUGAUAGUCCUAGGGAAAUGGGUUCCACAUUCCGUGAUGAUCCUCACAGGUUCCCUUCAAGGAGUUCAGUGUAUGAAGAGCCAUGGGGUUUACCAGAAGAAGACUACUACUACCAAGAAACCAAGAGACAGAAGACAAGAUCCAUGCAGCCUGAGAGACAGCUUCAAGGGCACCAGAUUUCUGAUGAAAGACGCCAUUUUUCAAGGGUGUCUGCUGAUUACUCCCCAAAAGAUGCCUUCGAGCGGAACUAUGAGUCUGGACAGCUGAGAUACAAGCAAACAGUUGAGCAGCCGUUGACUGCAAGGAACGGGGAAAAGAGUAGCUUCCGAGAACAACCGCAUGAAGAGUUAAUGGGAGGGUUUUCUCGGCCGUCGUUGAAUCGACCAUCACUCAAGGACUGGAACUGGGAAGGGACUCUUGCCAAAGGAGGCAAUCCCAUUUGUCGCGCUAAAUGCUUUCCAGUAGGCAAAACAAUGGACAUGAUGCUGCCUGAGUUUGUAGACUGCACGGCGAGAACGGGUUUGGACAUGCUGGCGAAGCAUUACUACCAAUCAUCACAAGCGUGGGUGGUUUUCUUCGUUCCUGGAAGCGAUGCUGAUAUUGUGUUCUACAACGAGUUCAUGCAUUACCUGGAAGAGAAGCAACGUGCAGCUGUUUCUAAGUUAGAUGAGACAACCACAUUGUUCCUCGUGCCUCCAUCUGAUUUCUCCGAGAAAGUACUUAAAGUCCCUGGCAAACUCAGCAUCUCUGGCGUUAUUCUUAGGUUAGAAAACGAAUCUGUGCCUGUUCAACAACAAGGCGAGAGAAACGAUCCAGACUUGUUAACCUAUUAUGGUGAAACAUCAUAUCCGGAUGCAAGUGGAGCUGCUCGAGAUGUUCGAAAUGCACCUAUGGAUCCAUACAUUGAGAGAAACCACGAUCAGUCAAGUCACAGGUACUCUAGAUCAGACUGGCCACCUCGUGAAGUGUCAGUUUCCAACGCUAGAAGUCCGCAGAUGCAGCAACCCUUCAUAGAUCAUAACGUUCAAGACCGUAGUAGCAGUGGGUUUGUUCAAGGGAGGCAGCCAAAUGCGAAUCUAAGCCGUUACCACGAAACUGAAACUUCAGGGCCACCAGGGUUUCAGCCUGAGCAGCUCACACAUUUAGCUUCUUCUAUGUCCAGACAGCAAAGGCAGGUCGAUAACAUUCCGAAUCAGGCCGAGAGAUAUGCACCAGAGGCUCGAGCAAGUUUUAGCCAUUUGCAGUCACCAAGCAUACCUCAAUUGGUAUCUUCAGGGAAUCAAAAUGUACAGCUACAAGGUAGCAGCAACAGCCAAGAAGAGGAAGAAAACGAUGGUAAUCCGCAGAAGCGUCUGCAAGCAACGUUACAGCUAGCAGCAGCACUUCUCCAGCAGAUUCAACAAGCGAAAAACUAG